AUGGCUUCCACACGAAGACUUAUUUUGGUAAAAGCUUGGGCUGACAUUUCUGAAGAUUCGAUUCAUGGAAACGCACAAUCGGGAGAUCAUUUUUGGUUUCGCAUUUUUAGAACGAUUUCGAGAGGAGCUGAAAAAGGUGACGACUACCGUACGAAACAUCAACUGAAUUCGAAGUUUCAAGAAAUAGCAAAGACGGUUUCAAAAAUAAACGGGUUGUAUAACAACCUAAAAACCCAACGAAAAAGCGACCAAGGCGACGAACAAAUACUUCAAGAAGCUUUGCAAUUUUACCUUGAGGAAGUAGGAAAACCAUUCAAGUGGCAUGAUUGUUGGAAAUUAUUGGUCCGGUGUCCUAGGAGGAAAAAAUACGAGCAAGAUUUUAUUUUUGGAGUCCAACAAUUAAAGCGAACGAAAACGGGCUCUAAUGGUUACACAACCUCCUCCGAUGCUUGGGUCGGUUUAGAUUUAAAUCAGGAUGACACUCGAGCUAGAAGAAAUUGUCCGCCCAAUAGGUAG